AAUUAAUGGUAAUAUAAUUGAUGAUAGUUAUAAAUGGCCCAAGCACAUGGAAAUAGUUUUAGGGAAAAAAUUCAAGUUAGAAGUCUGGGAAACAAUUUUAAAGUCAAUGCGUGAAAGAGAAAUCUCUAAAUUUGUUGUUCACAAAAGUGUCAGUAUAAUUUAAGAUUGGUGAGCAAUUUUCCAUAACCAUGGACCGUUGGCCAAAAGACGUGGGUAUUCGCGCUAUUCAUUUUGUCAUACCAUCGCUGUAUGUCGACCAAACGGAAUUGGAACGCUACGACCAAGUAUCCGAAGGAAAAUACACGGUGGGUCUGGGACAAAAGCAAAUGGGAUUUUGCACAGACCUGGAAGACAUAAAUUCAUUAUGCUUGACCGCUGUUAGCCAACUGGUCGAGAACAAUGGCAUCAGCUACUCGGACAUUGGUCGCCUUGAAGUAGGAACCGAAACUAUUAUAGACAAAUCUAAAAGCGUCAAGUCUGCUCUAAUGAAGUUGUUUGAACCUAGUGGUAACUUUUGGGUAGAGGGUAUUGACACGACCAAUGCGUGUUACGGUGGUACUGCCGCUUUGUUUAACGCGCUAGCGUGGAUCGAAUCCAGUGCUUGGGACGGACGCCUUGCCGUCGUCGUAGCUGCCGACAUCGCCGUCUACGCUAAGGGCAACGCUCGGCCAACCGGCGGAGCGGGCGCUGUAGCUAUGAUUGUUGGCCCAGACGCGCCCUUAGUGAUAGAAAGGGGUCUCAGGGGUACAUAUAUGAAUCACGCCUAUGAUUUUUUUAAGCCCGACUUGACGUCCGAGUACCCAGUAGUCGAUGGCAAAUUGUCCAUUCAGUGCUAUUUGAACGCACUGGACCAAUGUUACAAGUCCUAUUUGAAUAAAUGUGAAACCAAACAAAAUUUGAAUGCAUUCGACUCGUUCGUUUUUCACACGCCAUAUUGCAAACUCGUACAAAAGUCGUUAGCUCGGCUGUACUUGAACGACUUUGUUAACAGCGAUAAAAAGUACGAAGAGUACCCCGGGCUUGAGCAAUUCACUAACAUCGCCUUAGCCGACACUUACUUUGACCGUGACGUGGAAAAGGCGUUCAUGGAUCGCAGUAAAGACACGUUCGAGCGGAAGACCAAACCGUCGCUGCUGUUGGCGUCCCGCGUCGGCAACAUGUAUACGCCAUCAGUUUAUGGCGGUUUGGCCUCUUAUUUAGUGUCCAUACCAGUGGACGAACUGGUCAGUAAGAAAAUAGGAGUGUUCUCGUAUGGAUCGGGACUGGCGUCGUCCAUGUAUUCCAUUAAGAUAACCAAUAAUGUUGCGCUGCCAGCGCUCGUAGAGAACUUGAAAAAAAGCUUUGACAAAUUGGAGCGCCGUAUACAAGUGACUCCCGCAAAGUUUACUGAGGUGUUAGACAUAAGACAAAAAUCAUUACACCAAGCGCCAUAUGUGCCUAUCUGCGAUAAGUCUGAUCUAUUCCCCGGAACAUGGUACUUGUCCAACAUCGAUGAAAUGCACAGAAGAUAUUAUGAACGUAAAGAAUCAUAAUGGAAAAUGACGUUUUAGAAAUAGCCAGUGACGUUUUUUUUAGUUAUUUAUUAUCCAUUAAAAAUCAAGGGUCGUUUGUGCGGUUCUAAUAUUUAUCGUAGCCUUCAAACGAUAAUUAACAACGUUUUGGCAGUGCAAACCUUGACAUGACGGGGUCGUUUUUUCUUUAAACCAUUAUUUAUUUGUUUAAAUGUGUUAUUUUAGUAAAUUUAUUUAGUAACACAGUAGUUUAUUACUAGCGAAAAAUUCUGUAAUUAUUGUUUAAAUUAAAUAGAUAUAUUCAUAAAUGAGGUGUGGGUUUUUUUUUCAUACAAAAUGUUUUUGUAAUUUCAAUGGUGCUUACAAUACAUUAUAUAAAUCUUUAAGAAAAAAAUACUGUGAUGAAUUUAUUUUUAAAUUGUUCGCAUUUGGUAUUCGUAAUUAGACUUAAUGAAUUAUCUAAUAUAAACACGUUUGUACCAAAUAAAUAAAAAUAUAAUUGCUGAACGAUUCGUUA